UCGAAAAACAAAAUAAAAAAAAAAAAAAAAAAAUUACGGUAGCAUUCGACGAUGAUUGGCCAAGGUGACCAGAGCUCGGCCUGCAAUUGGUGGAUUUGCAAACUGGCCCCCCUCCUGAUUGGCGGAGACGAGAAGCCUUGGUGAAGUUAGAGAGUUGAUGGAGGAAGUGGAGUUGAAGAAGCCCGAUCUUUAUUCAGUAUAAUCCUGUAAGAUGCCAGUGCAGCCCGCGCUGAAGGAGCCGGAGGGAAUGGAGGUCGAGGGCGACUCGGCCACUGAGGCUAACGGGGAGGAAGAGGAGGAGGAGGAAGAGGAGGAGAGCGGCAGCGAGUCCGAGACUGAGCCGGAGGAAGAGAGCUCAGAAAUGGACGAUGAAGACUGCGAAAGGAGGAGGAUCGAGUGUCUGGAUGAAAUGUCAGACCUGGAGAAGCAGUUCAUGGGUCUGAAGGAAAAGCUUUUCGAGGAGCGGUUAAACCAAGUGAAGGCGAAGCUGGAAGAGGUGAUAGCUGGGAAGGCAGCGGAGUACAUCGAACCUGUAGCUGCCUUGCAGAAGAAUAUGAAGAUCCGAACUGAAGUGGCCGGUGUUUAUAGGGACCUGUGCCUUCAAGUGAUUCAUAACAAGUACGACUGUGAAAUUCAGGGGGCCAGACAGCACACGGAGAGCGAGAAGUUGCUGCUGUUUGAUACCAUGCGGAACGAACUGAUGGAGAAGAUUCAGAGACUGGAAGAGGACAGACAGACCAUAGACAUCAGCUCCGAGUGGUGGAACGACAAGCUUCGUUCGAAGAAGAGCACACGUCGCUGUGACCCGACCAAGCCGGAGAAAAAGAGGAAGCCGGUUUUGGUCUCUGGACCCUACAUCGUUUAUAUGUUACAAGACAUCAGCAUCUUAGAAGACUGGACUGCCAUUAAGAAGGCUAAAGCAACGGUGCUUCCAGUGAAGAAGAAAUCAGAGACAGCCAAGCAGGACAGCGUUCAAUAUUCGGCAAAGUGCGAGGACGGGAAGCUGUAUUACGAAGGCGAGUGCUACAGCAAAGGGCAGGUCAUCCUACUGGAGAUAAGAGAUGAUCCCCCUUCCCAGGCAGUCAUCACGGCAGUGAGCACGGGAGAGGUGUGGUUGAGAAGGACAGAUGGAAGUAAAACCAAAAUCUACGUUUCCCAGCUCCAGAAGGGAAAAUACACCAUUCGGAAAGCCUGAUCCCGGAGAGGGGGGGGGUGGCGGGGCUAGAGAGAUUUCCCCCGGGAUUGUGGGCCGAGAGAGCCGUCCGUCACGGGCGGGGGUGAAGUCGGCGCCAGUCUUUCCACCUGCAGCCCAAGUACUGUGCUUUGUUGAAGCAACGCUAAUCCCCUACCCUCCGAGCGACUCGCAGCACAGAGCUGGGAGAGAUUGCUGAUGUGUGAAGGGCAGUCAGGGUGUAGCGAUUCGUCGUGUCUCACCGCGUUGUGCUGAGACUUGUUUUGGAGCACAUGGUCUUCAAUUGAUAAAACAAACCUGUGCUUUAAUAAAUAUAUUUUUGGCCCUCUAGAAAGGGCAAAUUGAAUAUAAAACUGCCCGUGAAAUUCUGCAGAUUCUUAAAGAUUACAAAUACAGCCCCUGUUCCUUUUAUUGCUGUGCGGGUUGCCGCAUAUCGAAACGCAAAGAGUCGCACUUCUGCUUUUGCAGCCAUCUGCCCUGCACAGCGCGGAAGAAGCAGCUGGACGUUGCUCUGAAAAUGACGCGGCCCAGACAGAUCUGGAUAAAAGUUCUGCAUCGCCUAGAAUUUUAGGAUUGAGGAGCAAUUAAAAAAAAAAUAAAAAUACGAACAUAAUUUUAGAUCUUUUAUUUAACCUCAUGUAAUGAAACUACAAAUUAUCUCGCAAAAAAAAAAAAAAAAAAAAGAUUUAGAUUUUGUUCAGUGUAUGGAAAUCUACAAAGCAAGCGGGGUGUAAUUCAACAUGCAAACUUUAUUGAGCAGGCUGUGUUCGACUUUAUGUAGGACAGGCAAAACUUUUAGCCAGACAGCGUCGCUCUCAAUCCUCAGAGUGCUGCAUAAGCAGUCCUUAGAGGGCUGCUCACUUUCUCUGUUGUUGUAUUUCAUUUCCUGUGUGUUUUCUCUCCUGCUGUGUAUUGUGUGUUUUGUAUCAUUGUACAACGUUGGGUUUUGUGCUAGGGUCUUAAUCCUCCAGCCUUUACGAAUCCAGGAAAAAUUGGUUCCUGAAAAAACAUGCUUUAAAUCUGAUGAUGGCAGGGGGGGGAAGAAUAUUAGUGAUGCACAUACUUUAGUGCACAACCUAUUAAUAGCUCUAAUCUGGUUCCCUGCCUGUAACUGUCUAUAUAUCUGAGGUAGGAUCAUAUUCCUACUAGCCAGACUUUUGAUACUUUUUACAAAUUUUCUAGACUUUUGACUUACAGAAUACACUUCCUGUGCUUGUGGUAUUUGGGACCUCCUGACCCGCACGUAGUGCCAGCUUAGACGGGGACCUUUUUAACUGUAACACAGGAAGUGAGCUUGUAGUGUUGUAGCGGGAUAGAUUAUUAUUAUUUUUAACCCUUUAUGUUUUCAUGUUAGAAUUUGCACUAAGACUAGAUCGAACAAAAUGAUUAUUA